AUGGCAUUGUCCAAUACGCUACACCGUUUUACGAACCGCAACCAUCGCUCUCUCACAUCGUCCCUUUUCGGGCUCACAUUCCUCGCUUCUAUCAUCACCGUCUCUGCUUCUGCAGUACUACCAUGUCCCGUGCGUCCCGUACGAACCCGAUUUGCGGACAACGGUGAACAGAUCGGAGAAGACAAGGGGAAGGCAUACUCUGCUGUGGUGGAGAAGAGGCCUAGGAGGUGGAUAGAGGAGAAACCACCGAGCUCGUGGAGUUCAUAG